AUGAUUUGCAAUCUUCACAGGCUCUAGAUUUGUUCUGAUUACUAUGCGUUUGUGCCCUUUGCCUGCUGUAAAUUCCUGGAUGUCUUGUAAGCAUUUUCCUUGCACUGACUUCUUCAUAGAGCAAAUCUUUCCUGUAGGGGGCUGUUGCGAGGCAUUAGCACACUAUCUAGCCAAAGAUCUGGGUCUCAUCGGGACACUGAACUUUACAAAUUGUGUGAACUUGGAGAUGACAAUGAAACACUUCUUGUUUUUGGCUGCUGCUGCUGCUGGCUUCCUGCCUGUUGUGAUCAUAAGAGCUAAACCAGCUAGCGUUCCAUAUCAUACGCUUCUCACUGAGUUGGCAACUGUCCAAGAAGAAAUUGUUACUGUACAUAAUACUCUCAGAAGAGGAGUAGUUCCGCCAGCCAGCAACAUGCUGAAGAUGAAUUGGAGUGAAGAAGCUGCACAAAACGCCAGAAGGUUGUCCGCGCAGUGUGAAUUGAUAGAGAGCAAGGCAGUUGAGAGGAGAAUUACAAAUACCUUUUGUGGAGAAAAUAUGCAUCUGACAUCUUAUCCUAUCUCAUGGUCAAAUGUAAUUGGAAUCUGGUUCAGUGAGUCUAAAUAUUUCAAGUAUGGGCAAUGGAUAUCAACAGAUGAUGAAGUAAUAAUUGAGCAUUAUACUCAGCUUGUUUGGGCCACUUCUUACCUCAUUGGCUGUGGCAUAUCAUCAUGCUCCAAAAGAAGGUCAACUCAGUAUCUCUACGUUUGUCACUACUGUCAUGAGGGAAAUGAUCCCGACAAAAAGAACGUGCCUUAUAAUAUGGGAACUCCGUGUAAAGACUGUCCAAAUGACUGUGAAGAUAGACUUUGUACUAACCCCUGCCUCUACUAUGAUGAAUCCAAUAAGUGUAAGACACAAAAAGAAGCUCUUGGAUGUAGCCACUUGUCAGUUAAACUGUUCUGCAAAGCUACUUGUCUGUGUGACACUGAGAUAAAAUAACCUUUGUUAUUCGCAACUGUAAUGUGCUGUUGGGGAAACGUCUACUAGAUUAUAUCUUUUACUUUACUUGCUUCAGUAGCUUCUGCUGAAUUUCUUUUGGUUUUAAUUGCACUCAAAAUCCUAAUUUUCACUAAUCAUCUAUGGGCAUCAGAUAUUUACAUCAAUGCCCCCAACUUCUGUCCUGAUACAUCCUCAUGUAAAGUCUUAAACUUUCUUCCUGCUGGAGUGAAAGAUCCAUUUCAACACCUUUCUCAUCUUUAAAUGAUGUGCCUUGUCGUGCAUAAGUUGUCAUAACUCAACUGAUGGUAUGACGGGGCCCCUCAAGAACCACCUGUGCUGGGGGAGGGUCUUCCAUGUUUAACUCCUCCCUCUGCUCUCCUGUGUCUCCAGCCACCCUGAUAUUUGUCUUCCCUGCACAACUUAACAUGCACUAGCAAUUCUUCACUUCUUAACUUUGCUUCUAUUUUAGAUCAAUCAUUAAAAUAAUCCACAAAGC